UGCACCCUAAGUCCGCGAGCGCAUAUUCGCGUUUUUUUAAAGCCAUGUCAAAGGGGGUUUAAAGUGGCCAAUAAGAAGUGUCGUGUUGGGUUGGGGGCAAAGGCGCAACAGUGGUGAGACUGACUGUGGAGUGGAGCGGAGCGGAGGAAAUGGGGGGGAGGGGUUUUUAGGGUUCCUGGAGACACGCGCACGCCCAGGCCAAGGAAGCAGGGUAUGCAGCAGAGCGAAGCCAUGGAGGCAGCUGCUGCUGCCGCCGAAGGUAACUUCACCGGAGUGCUGGUUCACAGCGGCCGCUAUGUGCAAUACAACAUCUUCGGGAACCUGUUCGAGGUCACGGCCAAGUACGUGCCCCCGAUUCGACCCAUCGGCCGUGGCGCCUACGGCAUUGUGUGCUCUGCAGUGAACAGCGAGACCAACGAAGAAGUUGCUAUCAAGAAAAUCGGCAAUGCCUUCGACAACAGGAUCGAUGCCAAGCGCACAUUGCGCGAGAUCAAGCUGUUGCGGCACAUGGAUCACGAGAAUAUUGUUGCCAUCCGAGAUAUAAUCAGGCCUCCCUCCAAGGACGAGUUCAACGACGUGUAUAUCGUGUACGAGCUCAUGGACACGGAUCUACACCAGAUCAUCCGCUCCAACCAGCAGCUCACGGACGACCACUGUCAGUAUUUCCUGUACCAGCUGCUGCGGGGCCUCAAGUACGUGCACUCUGCAAACGUUCUCCACCGGGACCUCAAGCCCAGCAAUCUGCUCCUCAACGCCAACUGCGACCUGAAAAUCUGCGACUUUGGGCUGGCCCGGACCACAUCGGAGACCGACUACAUGACAGAGUACGUUGUCACCCGCUGGUACAGGGCGCCGGAGCUGCUUCUAAACUGCUCCGAGUAUACCGCGGCGAUUGAUGUAUGGUCUGUUGGAUGUAUAUUUAUGGAGCUUUUGAACCGAGAACCAUUGUUUCCUGGCAGAGAUUACGUGCAGCAGCUGCGUCUCAUCACCGAGCUGAUUGGAUCCCCAGAGGACGCCGACCUGGGAUUCUUGAGGAACGACAACGCGCGGAGAUAUGUCCGCCAGCUGCAACGGUACCCCAGGCAAUCCUUUGCGCACAGGUUUCCUAACGUGCCCCCGCUCGCCGUCGAUCUCGUGGAGAGGAUGCUCGUGUUCAAUCCGCAGAACCGAAUCUCAGUGACAGAAGCUCUUGCCCAUCCAUACCUCACAAACCUUCACGACGUCAACGACGAGCCGAGCUGCCACGGACCCUUCGAUUUUGAUUUCGAGCAGCCCACAUUCUCCGAAGACAACAUCAAGGAGCUCAUCUACGAGGAGUCCUUGACAUUCACCACGGCGGACAUGGUGACGGAAUGACUUCCAUGGUUGGAGCAUCAUAGCUAGGGGAAGGGUAGAAACCAUUUUCUUGUGUCCCGGUGGCGGCUGGCUGGCUGGCUGUAUAUUGGAUGUCAUGUAUGCUAUGUUAGUGAUCACAAUAAUAAAGAGAGACAAGGGAA